CCACGCACCAGCAGCAUGAAUCGGUAUACAAUUCGCCUUCGUCAUUCGUGGUGCAUCAGACCGCGCGCCGCGCGACCGCAGAGGUGCGCGUAGCCGUAAGCGCGAUUCACGAUUCUGAUUGAAAGAGAUCGUGUGCUGGGCUUGGAAUCCACGAACCGGUGCAUAUUCACCAUCACCCCUUGAUCCGUUCGCUCCAUUGCCAUAGCCAUACCUGCAGAAAGAAAGAGUGGCUCUCUAGGCAAUCUUGCUCUAGCUCAAGAUGGCUUCCUUGCCCAAACCUUCCACCUCCAGGAACGGAGCAGACGUGACUGUUCUGCUUGGUUCGCAAUGGGGUGACGAGGGUAAAGGCAAGCUAUCGGAUAUCCUAUCGGCAGAGAUGGACGUCUGCGCGAGGUGCGCUGGAGGUAAUAAUGCUGGACACACCAUCGUGGUCAAUAUGCCUGGCCCAGACGACAAGCCUGUCCGCACAAAGUUCGACUUUCAUCUGCUCCCAAGUGGCUUGGUCAACCCAAAGUGCGUAGGCUUCAUCGGCUCGGGUGUGGUGGUCCACGUACCAUCAUUCUUUGCAGAGCUGGACGCGCUCGAGAAGAAGGGUCUGAACUGUGACGGACGUCUGUUCGUGUCGGAUCGCGCGCACCUGGUCUUUGACUUUCACCAAGUGGUGGAUGGUCUGAAGGAAAUCGAGCUAGGAGGAAGCAGCAUCGGAACGACAAAGAAGGGAAUUGGACCCGCCUACUCUUCCAAGGCUUCCAGAUCCGGUCUGCGCGUUCAUCACUUGUAUGACCCAGAGCAAUUUGCUGCGAAGUUCCGCAAGCUGGUCGAGGGUCGCAUCAAGCGCUAUGGUCAUUUCGAGUACGAUACAGAGGGAGAGAUUGCGCGCUACAAAGCCUUUGCUGAGCGUCUCAAGCCCCACAUCGUCGACGGAGUCACUUUCAUCCACCAAGCAAUUUCGGACAAGAGGCGCAUCUUGGUGGAGGGUGCAAACGCUCUGAUGCUCGAUCUGGACUUUGGCACCUAUCCGUUCGUUACCAGCAGCUCCACUUCCAUUGGAGGUGUUUGCACGGGAUUGGGCAUUCCUCCUCAGUCCAUUGGCGAGGUCAUUGGGGUUGCCAAAGCGUACACUACGAGGGUUGGAGGAGGACCUUUUCCCACUGAGCAGCUGAAUGACAUCGGUGUACACCUCCAAGAGGUGGGUGCAGAGUACGGCGUCACGACGGGCAGAAGAAGACGAUGCGGAUGGCUAGACCUAGUAGUGCUGCGCUACUCGUGCCUCGUAAACGGCUACACUUCUCUCAACCUGACCAAGCUAGACAUUUUGGACGGUCUGGAGGAGCUAAAGAUUGCCACGUCUUAUAGACUGCACGGCAAAGAUCUUCAAUCCUUUCCCGCCGAUCUGGAAAGCUUGGCAGAGGUGGAGGUGGUGUACGAGACGGUGCCUGGUUGGAAGGAGGACAUCACAAAGGCUACAAGCUUUGAACAGUUGCCCGAGAAGUGCAAAGCUUACGUGCUGCGCAUCGAGCAAUUUUUGGGAGUCCACAUCAAAUGGAUCGGGGUGGGAGCUGGAAGGGAAAGCAUGAUUGUCCGCUGAGCUUCGGCAGUGAGAUUGUGAGGUCAUGGAAGAAAGUGGCGGCGAUUGAGCCGCAAUGCAAUGCAAGUUAUUUCGAAACA